AUGGGAGCACAAGAACUAGAUAUUGAGUAUUUAAUCAAGGAGUUGACACUUCCUGAAAAGAUCUCCUUGUUGGCUGGUAAGGAUUUCUGGCACACUUUUCCAAUAGAGAGAUUGAACAUUCCUUCAAUCAGAGUUUCGGACGGUCCUAACGGUAUCAGAGGUACCAAGUUCUUCAACUCGGUUCCUUCUAACUGUUUUCCAUGUGGUACCGGUUUGGCUGCUACCUUCAACAAGGACUUGUGGGUUGAGGCUGGUGAGUUGAUGGGUAAGGAAGCCAAGAUGAAGGGUGCCCAUGUGAUCUUAGGUCCUACCUCGAACAUCGUUCGUUCUCCAUUGGGAGGAAGAGCCUUCGAAUCGUACUCCGAGGACCCUCUUUUGUCUGGACAUGCUGCCUCAAACAUCAUCAAGGGCAUUCAAAACGAAAAUGUCGUUGCAUGUCUUAAGCACUUUGUCUGUAAUGAUCAAGAAGAUGACAGAAGAGGUGUCGACACCUUGUUGACCGACAGAGCUUUGAGAGAAAUCUACUUGAAGCCAUUCCAAAUAGCGUUGAGAGAUUCUGAACCUGGUGCUUUGAUGACUUCUUAUAACAAGAUCAGAGGUAUUCAUGUUUCGGAAUCUAAAGAACUCAUGCAAGAUAUUUUGAGAGACGAGUAUAAGUACGAAGGUACUACAAUGUCUGACUGGUUAGGUACUAACUCAACUAAGGCCGCCUUGGAUGCUGGAGUCAACUUGGAAAUGCCUGGCCCAGCCAGGUUCAGGACUCAACUCCAGGUCACCCACGAAAUUCAGUCUAAAAGAAUCCACGCCCAGACUAUUGACGACAAUGUUCGUGGUGUCUUGAAGUUGAUCAAUAGGGCAUUGAAGGCAGGAAUUCCAGACGAUGUUGUAGAGUCUGCCAACGAAGAUCCUGCUUCCUCAGAACUCUUGAGAAAGGUGGGUGACGAGUCUAUUGUUUUGUUGAAGAACGAAGGCAACAUCUUGCCUUUGUCCAAGACUUCUGUUGCUGGUCAAGAAAAGAUCGCUGUCAUUGGUCCUAAUGUCAAGGCUGCUCAAGACUCUGGUGGUGGAUCUGCUUCUCUUACUGCUCGUUACAAGGUUACCCCAUGGGAGGGUAUCAAGAAGAAGAUCGAGGAAGGUGGAAACACUGUUUCGUUGGAAUACUCCUUAGGUGCUUUCUUAGAUAAGAACAUGCCUGAUGUUGGUGACAUCUUAGAAAACGACAAAGGUGAAAAGGGUGUCACUGCCAAGUUCUACAAAACUGCUCCGGGAACCAAGGACAGACAACAGUUUGCUGAACGUUUUCUUCCAACAACUAAGCUCUGUCUUUUCGACUUUAAAGACCCUGAAUUGGCACCAGGCGAAGUGUUGUUCUACGCUGAUUUUGAAGGUUACUUUACUCCUGAGGAAACUGCUGAUUAUGAAUUUGGUGCUUCAGUUAUGGGUACUGCUCAAGUCUUUGUUGACGGUAAAUUAGUUGUCGACAACAAGACCAAGCAAACGAAAGGGGAUGCCUUCUUCUUAGCUAUGGGAACAAGAGAAGAAAGAGGUACUGUCCAUUUGGAAAAGGGCAAAAAAUACCAUGUUAAGUGUGAGUUUGGUACUGCUCCAACAUAUACCUUGGAUCCGACUCAAGAAAUUGGAGGUGCCUUUUUCGGUUUCAGAAUUGACUCUCCACAAGAAACUGAACUCACCAAGGCCAUUGAACUUGCCAAGUCUGUUGACAAGGUCAUCUUGGUUGUUGGCCUCUCCAAAGAAUGGGAAUCUGAGGGUUUCGACAGAUCAGACAUGGACAUUCCAGGUGCCACUAACCAGUUGAUUGAAGAAGUCUUGAAGGUCAACAAGAAUGUCGUCAUCGUUAACCAAUCUGGUUCUCCAGUAACUAUGCCAUGGGCUGAAAAAGUUCCAGCUUUGGUCCACGCUUGGUACGGUGGUAACGAAUUGGGUAACACCAUUGCUGAUGUAUUGUUUGGUGAUGUCAACCCAUCUGGUAAGUUGUCUAUGUCAUUCCCAAAGAAACUUGAAGACACUCCUUCGUACCUCAACUAUGGUUCCAUCAACGGUCAGGUCUGGUAUGGUGAAGACAUCUUUGUGGGAUACAGAUACUACGAGAAGGUUAAGCAGGAUGUUUUGUUCCCAUUCGGUUUCGGUUUAUCCUACACCACUUUCGACUUCAAGGACUUGUCUGUUGCAGCCGAUGACGAAAACGUUACUGUUAGCGUCAAGGUCACCAACACCGGUUCUGUAGAUGGUUCUGAGACAGUUCAAGUCUACAUUGAACAAUCUAACCCAAGUGUCAUCAGACCUGUCAAAGAAUUGAAAGAAUUCGGUAAGGUCUUCUUGAAGGCUGGUGAAACGAAGUCUGUCGAAGUCAAGAUCUCCAUCAAAGAGGCUACUUCUUACUGGAAUGGUUACUUUAGCAAAUGGGAAUCCACAAAAGAUACUUACAAGGUAUUGGUAGGUAACAGUUCAGACAACAUUAUUGUUGAAGGUGAAUUUGCUACCUCCAAGACUUUCUACUGGUUGGGGUUGUAG